GACUGCUCGUCUAGGUCCACAAACCUCCUCCAGUACUUCGAUACAGUUUGAUAGCAAGAUUAGGACUAGAGAGUUUCCACCUCUGUUUUCUUCGUGGGCGCUUCAAAUUCAAGGAAAUUACCCCAAAGCUCAGUCUUUUGGCUUGCGGGUUCCUGCAAUUCGGCUGUUUAAUGGCUUCGGCAAUGCUGAAUGGAGCUGAAAACAUCACUCUCUUUAGAGGGAUUGCCCCAACCCCAAAAGGGUUAGGUUUUCUUGGUUCAGAUUUUCAUGGCAAGCAUUUCCCCAAGUUAACUUCAGUUUCAUGUGGCAGGAUUUCUGCUAGGCCUGGAAAGAACAAAACCCUCAUUACAAAUUGCAGUCUUUCAGCUUCUAGACCAGCUUCACAGCCAAGAUUCAUACAGCACAAGAAAGAGGCGUUUUGGUUUUAUCGGUUCCUUUCAAUUGUUUAUGAUCAUGUGAUAAACCCUGGGCAUUGGACUGAGGAUAUGAGGGACGAGGCGUUGGAGCCAGCUGAUUUGAAUAAUAGGAAAUUGACUGUUGUGGAUGUUGGUGGAGGCACAGGGUUCACCACUUUGGGGAUAGUUAAGCAUGUGGAUGCCAAGAAUGUAACCAUUCUUGAUCAGUCCCCACAUCAGCUUGCCAAGGCUAAGAAGAAGGAGCCCUUGAAGGAAUGCAAGAUAAUUGAGGGGGAUGCUGAGGACCUCCCGUUCCCCACUGAUUAUGCUGAUAGAUAUGUUUCAGCUGGGAGUAUUGAGUACUGGCCAGACCCGCAACGUGGAAUCAGGGAAGCUUACAGGGUUCUGAGACUUGGGGGAAAGGCCUGUCUAAUUGGUCCUGUGUAUCCAACAUUUUGGUUAUCUCGUUUCUUUGCAGAUGUGUGGAUGCUCUUCCCAAAGGAGGAAGAGUACAUUGAGUGGUUUACAAAGGCAGGAUUCAAGGAUGUCCAACUUAAAAGGAUUGGUCCAAAAUGGUAUCGUGGGGUUCGCAGACAUGGGCUGAUCAUGGGAUGCUCUGUCACUGGUGUAAAACCUGCAUCUGGGGACUCACCUUUGCAGCUUGGUCCUAAGGCAGAGGAUGUAUCGAAACCUGUAAACCGAUUUGUGUUUCUUGCUCGCUUCCUUCUUGGUGCCAUGGCAGCAACUUACUACGUGUUGGUUCCAAUUUACAUGUGGAUCAAAGAUCAAAUUGUUCCAAAAGGUCAACCUAUAUAGGGUGAUGCAUCAUGGAUCUUCUCCCUAUCGGAGCUGUUUACUGUCUUCUCUUCGGUCGGAGUGACAUUUUCCAGUAGUUGUCUCAAUUUAGUGUGUGGAUCAAUAGGCAAGCGUCCUUGUAGUUUUCCAGCCAAGAAUCAAGCUCUGUACUUGGUUGUUCAAAGUUCAAACAUGGCUAGACCAGUUUUCACCUGGAAUAUGAUCAAUCUUUUUCGGUGCUUUGUCCUGUAAAAAAGAAAGUAUACUGGUCGCCAUCUGCACUAUUCCAAAGAUUCACAUUGCUUACCA